UAGGAAGUGGUGGUUCCUGAAGAGGAGAUGGCUUCUCUUGCUACACUUCCCCCGCUGCCCCCACAGUUUAAGAGCAUACAGCAUCAUCUGAGGACGGCUCAGGAGCAUGACAAGCGGGACCCUGUGGUGGCAUAUUACUGAAUAAUUGGUCAAGAAUGAAUCUCAGAAGAAGGAGGAAUUUUUCUUAGCUAUUAGCAGCCAUUGUUCAAUCAUUUUGGAUUUUAUCCAGAGGAGUGCAGAGGGGCAAUUUGCAACCAAGGUCAAGUGCAAGAUGGUAUGGAGCGUGUUGUCCUUGUUCUUGGGAAACAUGUUCAAAACUGGCCUGUGUUGACGUUUCAAAAUGGUCGAUUGUAUGCAAUGCAAACUGGAAUGAAGAUUGAUAGUAAAACUCCUGAAUGUCGUAAAUUUCUAUCAAGGCUAAUGGAUCAGUUAGAAGCUCUUAAGAAACAGUUGGGUGAUAAUGAAGCUAUUACUCAAGAAAUAGUUGGUUCUGCACAUUUGGAGAAUUAUGCUUUGAAAAUGUUUUUGUAUGCAGAUAAUGAAGAUCGUGCUGGGAGAUUUCACAAAAACAUGAUCAAGUCCUUCUAUACUGCAAGUCUUUUAAUAGAUGUCAUAACAGUGUUUGGAGAACUCACUGAUGAAAAUGUGAAACACAGAAAGUAUGCAAGGUGGAAGGCAACAUAUAUUCAUAAUUGUUUAAAGAAUGGAGAGACUCCUCAAGCAGGGCCUGUUGGGAUUGAAGAAGAUAAUGGUAUGUAUUUAUUAGAUGUUGAGGAAAAUGAAGAUGCUGGAGCCACCUCUCUGCCCACUCAACCACUUCAGCCGUCGUCUUCAACGUAUGACCCAAGCACCAUGCCAUCGAGCGGCUAUACUGGAAUCCAGAUUCCCCCCGGUGCCCACGCUCCAGCUAAUACCCCAGCAGAAGUGCCUCACAGCACAGGUGUAACAAGUAACACUAUCCAGCCUACUCCACAGACUAUUCCGGCCAUUGAUCCUGCACUCUUCAGUACAGUUUCCCAGGGAGAUAUCCGACUAACCCCAGAGGACUUUGCUAGGGCUCAGAAAUACUGCAAGUAUGCUGGGAGCGCUCUGCAGUAUGAAGAUGUCGGCACUGCAGUGCAGAAUCUGCAGAAGGCCCUCAAGCUACUGACGACAGGCAGAGAGUGAAGCCUUUGUACAACAUCCGUGCAUUUUUGGCUUAAAGAACUAACAGUCCACUACUCUAUCUUCAGCCUAUCAGGAGCACAGUUUUAAGGAAGAUUUCAGUUCCAUUGACUGUAACAAUGAAAUCUGUGUCUGUGUAUCAGAUUCCUAUUGAAGUAUUCAUCAGCAGCCUCGUCCAGUUUUCAUUGUCCAUUUAGUGGACCCAGUAGUCUCUGAGUAUAUAGCUCCCUAAUGUGAGCAAGGUCCUAAAAUGCCCACUGAACCCUGCUUGUUCAAGAAGUGAAAACACUUCUAUAAAAUGUGUUGGGAAUUAGCUUUGUAUCUUAAUCUAAAUAAAUGAAGGAAUCUUAUAAUCUAUAAUUUGAACAAACAGACCAUAAUCACUUUGCUGUAAAAUUCUGAACUUACUUUUAAUAAAGACUGCCAGAAUAUUCUAGAUUAGAGAUCAUAUUUCUGUUUUCUCAGGAUUAAUUAAACAGAUAUGAAUGUUCUAAACUCUUAGAUGAAUCUGAAAGAGAUUAUAUUCAAAUUUCAGUUUAUACUCAAAUGUAGCUACACUAAAAAGUAAAAUGUUCAUGAAAGGAAAAAAUAAUGACGUAAAGAGGUAGCAUCAGUUCUAGACGUAAGAAUAAUGUUGGUUGCUCAACUGUUUUCCCUUACCCGCUGACACUUAAGGUGAAUUGGUAUUUGCUUCCUAGGCAGUUGACUGCAUGUAUUAGAGAAUGAAAACAAGAUAUUUGUAGUAAUGCCUGGAAACUUGGUGCUUUUGAGUUAAGGUUCUCCUCUGCUGCUAUGGAAUGGAUUCCAUAGAGUGUAUAGCUAUGAAUGAUGCAGAUUAUAAGAACAUGAUUCUCAGUUGUUAAGUUUAUAAGUUUUUUGUGGGGAAUUAUGAACUUACUGUGUCACCUGCAUUUGUGCUGUGUAAAAAAUAAAUACAAGGUUUCUUUUAA